CACAAAUCUUACUCACCAAAUUCAUCUCUGAAAGAACGCAAACACAAUGGCCGUUUUUGUUUCCUCAAGGUUGCAUUCCUAUGUUUGUUGCCUCCUUUUCAUAAUCAUAUCUCAAGCCAGCGCGCAGCCAAGUUUCUUAGAUUACUUCUGUCUCAGUGAUAAAGGCAGCUUCACAGCCAACAACACUUAUCACACCAACCUCAACACCCUUUUGUCCAAUCUCACUUCUAACACACAGAUCAACUAUGGUUUCUACAACCGCUCCUACGACGAAAACAAUGAGAAAGUAUAUGACAUUGGGUUGUGUAGAGGAGAUGUUAAAGCAGAUGAAUGUCGUAGCUGCAUAAACAAUUCAAUGGUCCUCCUCACACAGCUUUGUCCAAACCAGAAAGAGGCAAUUGGGUGGUAUGACAAGUGCAUGUUGCGUUACUCAAAUCGCUCAAUAUUUGGCCUCAUGGAAACUUCACCUUUGUUUUAUACGUUGAUGUUAGUGAAUGCAACAAAUGUGGACCGGUUCAAUCAAGUGUUGGACAACUUGGUGGAGAAUCUAACAGGCAUAGAUGUUGCAUCAGGUGACUCUCGUCGUAAGUAUGCUGCCGGAAAUGCAACUGCAACACAUUUAGAAACCACCAUAUAUGGUGUUGCGCACAAAAUAAUUCGUUAG